CGUUCUCAGGCUUUGCUCGGUACUACGAAGUACUACCACUGAGGCUAGUUUGCUAGUAACCGGCCAAUUCAACGCAGGUUUUCCUGCGUGGCCGUGUCAGGCCGCCGGGCUCGUAUCUCCUCCAUUCAAUUGUCACACUAUCCAGCUCGGCCAACAAUCCUGCCAAUGGCCGCCGUUCCCCAGUCCUUCCUACCCAGGCUAGCACUGCAGCAUCUCACGCAGCUUAAGGCUUAUACUACGCCAGCCUUGCGGAACAAGCCGGAUGUACAACUACUGUGUCCGGUCCAGAUGGCAGAGGAUUUCCCAUUUUCCUUGUGCACGCACAACAUCACGUUCCUCGUCAACGAUUCCCAUCAAGAUCUGGAAUCUACAACUAUACUGCAUACAGCGCUUGCAACAGUCUACAUGCUGUCAGGCCGUUGUCGGUCUCUAUUCCCUUUCAAGUGGUUAUUGCGCACAAUCACACAAUAGUCGGAGGCUUUCUUCAGUGAUUCUGCCUUUCUCACUAGCACGUUUAACGCGUCCUGAGUGCGCUCUAGCAGGCCGCACAAACCUUCCUUCGUCUAAGCGAGCAGACCGGGUGGCAGGGUAGCCAACGAAGACCGAGCAUUCAGGACUCGCUCGAUGACCCGAGCUCCACCUGACUCCUAGCUCGCGGCUAGUGCUGUCUACCUGGGAUCAGGCUUUUCCGCUCGAAUCAACAGCUGCCCUCACCUUGGGGCUCUCCCGGCAGAAGCGGACAAGCCCAUCUUGCAGUUCGGAUCUGAUGUCCGAACCUAUAUUUUGUUUUUACGGCCUAGGUUGGCCAAUGAGUUUCCUGAAGUCGGCCACUAUCUUCUGCCAUUGAGCUGGGUGAGACUCGGCAUAUUCUUUGGCCUUUUGCACCGCUUUCCAGUCUUCUUGCAUGUGCUGCGUCUUCUUGGUGCCGUUCAGUAUAACUAUAUUACCCAGCCCAAGGACGAGACAGUAUAGGGCCGAUUGUGGACUGAUCUUGAACAGUUCCGCCAGAGAGCCGGCCUCGUUUGACCAGACCAGGUUGGGGUUCGCGCUCAGCGUCCAGAAACUCUGGUAGAUGAUGUUUUUCUCCUUGCAGAACUGCCGCACUGCAAUGUCAAACUUGGUAUUCGGAUAGAAGCGGUUCUGCACCACGCUUGGCUUGAUGGUCGAACGUUCAUAGAUAUCCAUCAGCGUGAACAGGUUGCAAUUCGAAAUGCCCAGGUUUCGGAUCUCAUUGGGGACAUAUUGCUCAAGAGUCUGCCACACCUCCAAGGUGUCGUUCAAUGACUCCAUGGGAGAGUGUAGGACAAGGGUGUCGAUGUACGGCUGUGCUUCAUCAUCGCCCUUGACGACAUCUGCAAAAUUGAAGUUUCCAAGAGAUGAAAUGACCGACGCAUUCACUUGGUCCGCGAUAGGGCUUUUAGCAUCAUAAGGAAUGUUGUCGGGAUCUUGUCCUCCAACGCUGGUAAACUUGGUCUGCAGGUACAGGUCUGAUCUUCUGAUCUUUCCAUCUUUGAUUGCUCUGGACACGCCAGCGCCAACAAGGUCUUCCCUAUAAUGCUUGGGCUGGGCAGCGGUGUCGAUUGCGGUGAAGCCGUUGGAUAUAGCCUGGUAGACCAGCUCUGUGGUGGCCUCUUUCUUCCAAGCCGUCCCGUAGAUGAAGGCUGGCAGGACUUGCCUGGUGGACAGGUGAGGUGCAUGCAAGACCAAAUUCUCGAAGAGCGCCGAUGUCGCCAUUGCUAUCUCUUAUAAUCCGACAGUGGUGACUUGAUCAAAUUAGGAAUUUGAGUAAUCCCUGUAUCACCGAAGGAUAAAAUACAGUACCUGUUGACUGCUACACCAACUGGGGUUCACAAGAUCUACCUUGCAG